UGCAUGUCCUGUUUUCUCCAGAGAAAUUUAGUCCAUUAGCAGCAAUGUUGGAAACGUAAGCUCAACUUUAAAGUUGAUUUCAUCUUGUUUUCGACCGCAAAACAUAGAAGAUGAAUUUGACCACGGUAAACACUACACUUCUCCUCAGCGAUUACAACGAAACAUUUCCGGAAAUCUAUAAACGCAGCUUUGCAACGAGGUUUCUUGGUUCAUCUGUUACCAUAGUCUUGGGAUGUACCGCAGUCUUGGGCAAUCUCGCAGUCGUCUUUGCUUCUUACUGGGACAAAACCCUUCGAAAUCAAGCAAGCACUCUGCUACUGGUAUAUCUAGCGAUGACCGAUGUGAUUACAGGACUAAUUACUAUUAUCCCAGCUGCUGUUGCGGUCGCUAUUGAUGAUUGGCCUUUUGACAACACCUUCUGCAAGUUGCAGAAUGGGCUGACUUACGGCUGUAACUGUUCUUCCUCGCUCAAUAUUUCCGUAAUUAGUUUCGACAGGAUUGUGGCUGUGACAAGACCGUUACAAUACCGCAAUAUAAUAACUACUAAAAGAAUCAUCGGCUUCUGUAUAUUUCUCUUUCUCUUAGCCAUGACCAUAGCACUUCCAGCCCUGGUUCUAGAAUGGAGUCAUUUCAACUACAUCGAAGGAAUAUGCGCGUUUGACUUCCGUCUUGAAGAAACUAAGAAUUUUUCGACUUCAUGGACUUUUAUCAGUUGUUACUAUAUCCCUGGUCUAUUUAUGUUCGUCUGCAACUGUGUGAUUAUUUACAAAGCGAAUAAGCAGAAGUCGGCGUGGUUGUUUAUAAGACGCAAUACAACUGUUGUAUUUCAGCAAACUUCAAGUUCGAAUAAGACCAUAGCCAGUGUCAGUGUUCUUGUCCUGACUUAUUGCGUCACACUUGCUCCCUACAUAACGGCAAUGAAUCUUGCAUUUAGUCUUGAUGGUUUUUCUAUUCCUCCACUCCUUCAUUAUCUCCUAUGUCUGCUGGUUUUUAUAUCGCCUGCAGUAAAUCCAUUCAUUUACGGUAUUUUCAGGAAAGAUUAUAGAAAUGCUUAUAAGAAGAUUGUUCCAAAGUCAAUCAAAAAUUGUUUUGGGGCAAGUUAA